GAUCUUCGUUGUUUCCGCGUUGUGGUUUUAGUAGCUAUAGGUGCUACAUCUUCAUUCUACUAUGUCCAGCCCAGAUGUUCUCAGUGAGCUACUUGUUGCCCAGCUCUUGGAGGAGGACAUGCGAACUUUCGCGGAUGCAAGAGAGGCCGAAAGGCUUCAGAUGACACAAGUCCUCGCAGACUCCUCUCGAGCGUCUGGUCGAAUUCCUAAGAAAUUCAAUAUCAAAGACACGAUGUCCGAUGGGGAUGUUGCGCUGCAGCUCAUGGCGGAGGAAGCAAGGUUAAGCGGCGAUGCAGCGUUAGCUCAGGCAUUGCAGCAUUCCGUUGAUUCCUCCGUCACCGCAGGGCAACAAGAGGCUCAAAGGCUCGCUGCCGCAGAGAAGAAACUCAUGCUAGAUGCUGAAUUCGCUCGUCGUCUGCAAGAAGCCGAUGAAAGUGGUGACAUUGACCCAGAUGCUCCUAACAUGCAAAGUGCAGAAAGUGUUUUGGGUCAAGCGGCAAUCGAACGUAUAUUUGCUGGCGAUUUAAACGAUAAAGGGAAAAGCAAAGUCCAAUGGAACAGGAAUGGAAAACGUUCUCAGAAUCUUGAUGAAACUGACUCCUUCUGGAAGCGAGUGAAGGCAGAGGAUGAAGAUGUCAAAUUCGAUGCGGAUAGCAGACCAACCCCAACAUGUGGGAUUUGUAUGGAAACUUUCAAAGCAACCCACUCUCCAAUUGCAGCUGCUCAGUCCGCAAACUCCUCAUCCAAGCUUCCGUUUGGCCUGUACCUGCCAUGCCCUAAAUCUCACCCGUACUGCGCAGGUUGUCUCCAAUCUUACAUCAUGACUAAACUUGACCCAGAAGGAGACGGCAGCGGAAACCCUAGCAUGGUCGUCUUCCCUCUUCGUUGUCCUGAAUGCUCUUUAUCUGAAUGGGCAGAUGGUAUCCCGGAUGACGUUGCUGCUCGUGUAUUGUCUGAGAAGAAUAUGACGACUUGGCAUCACCAGAAGCUACUGGAUAGCCUACCAAGGCAUUAUUGUCCUAAUCCUCGCUGUUCUGCUUUGGUUCAACUUCAUGACGACCCGGAUGAACCACAAGCUCAAUGUCCAGCAUGUAGCACAUUAAUGUGUGUACCAUGUCGAGUUGUCUGGCAUCAAGAUCUUUCUUGCGAGGAAUAUCAAGCUCUUCCACUUGACGAACGCUCUCCCGAAGACCAGCAAGCCUUACAACUGAUGAAAGCUCAGAACUGGCGUCGAUGUCCCAAGUGCGCUUUCAUCGUCGAACUUUCUGUCGGAUGCAACCAUAUUACCUGCAGGUGCAGGACGGAGUUUUGCUUCAAAUGCGGAUGUAUGUUUUGCUUUUCUACCUACUUGUACUUUUCAUAUUUCAUUUAUUCCAUUCUAUCUUUAUUCCCAUUACUUAGCACUGUGGGACAAGAAGGGCCAAAAAUGUACUCGCAACCCCUCUUGUGAACUCUGGGACGAGGAAAUGUUACUCGAAGAGCGAGAACGUCGUCGCGAGCGUGAGGCUCAAGGCCGCCAAGCUUUCCGCCUACCACAAGCCCCGCCACCUUACGUUGCCCAUGCACCAGUCGUGCAAUUCGGUGCGAGAGCCCCAACAUUCGAUUGGAUGCAUGACCCAGAUAUUCUAUCUACUCGACAUUGGUUCACGUCUCAGAUGAUUCAAGACCUGAUCUGCAAAUACUGUGAUGUCAGACUGAAUUCCUUAGCAGACUUACAGUACCACUUGAGUCACACACGUCGGCAUGCGGUCUUCGCGUGUUGUGGUCGGUUUUUUAAGGCAGAAGCGGACUUCGACAGACAUGUUGUUGCAGAGCCGAGGAGAUUUGGCCUACAUUUACAUCAGGCUCGACGUAAUGCGUAACUGAACCUUCUUUCAUCAGGAUUCCCAUAGAGGUGAAAUUAUAUGUUUUCGCUUCUUUUUAUUUUCGGUGUCUAUAUAUGCUUGUUGCAUAAGACGGCGACAAUAAUACAAUAGAAUACAAUUACAGAGGUCCAAAGAACGAUGGUAUACAGGACUUCUUCACGCUUCCUACUUCCUAUUACGCACAUAGUUCAGUCUCCUGGAAAUACACUUCAUGGCCUGAUGGCAAUC